AUGUCGUCGCAACCAUCCGAAGAUGGCUCGCAGGAGAAGCGCGGCGCUGCGCCUACCGUCGCCGAGAAGACGGAUGGCAAGGAUUUUGUCCUCAUCCCGCAGCCCAGCGACGACCCCGAGGAUCCCUUGAACUGGCCGCUGCGGAAGAAGCUCAUCAUCUUUGCCUGCGUCUGCCUGGCUGGCUUCGCGGGCCAAAUGUCCCCCAACUCCAACCAGCUGACCUUUAUCCUGCAAAUACCCACCUACCACAAGACGCAGGCCGACCUGCUCAACACCGUCGCCGCCGCCCUGGCGGGCUGGAUGGCCGGCCCGUUCAUAUUCACACCUCUCGCUGGUCUUGUUGGACGCAGCUCCGUCAUCCUAUGGAGUCUCGUCGCUACCUUUGCCUGCCAGAUCUGGGCCGCCAAGAUGACGGGCCCGGAUGACUUUGUCCCAUUUACCAUCUCGCGUGUGAUUUGCGGCCUGUUUGGCGUCAUCCCGGCCAUCAUGGGCACCGGCUUCAUCAUGGACAUGUUCUUCCUCCACCAGCGCGGCAAGGCCUUUGCCAUCUUCGAGGUCCUCAUCAUUUUCGCUGUCGUGGGCGGCGGAACGUUGGGUGGCUUCAUCGCCGAGUCGAAGCCGUGGGAGUACGUGUUUUGGUGGACGCUGGGCCCCGUCGGCGCCGCCAUUGUCGCCGUCUUCUGCUUCGUCGAGGACACCACCUUUAACCGCGACCCCGAGGCCGUGAACCGUGCUCCUCUGCCGAGCAGCUGGUUUGCGAACCGCGCCGCGACUUUCUUCCCUGGCAACAAGACGCAGCCUGAUGGUCGUCUGGCUGAGAUGAAACGCCGUGCGAUUGUCCCUCUCCAAAUCACCGUGACCCCAAUUACCAUCCUUGUCGGUGUAUACGUCUUUGUGGCUCUUGGACUCCCCAUCAUGCAGGCGUCUACGCUGGCCAUCUACGUGAGCCCUCCCGUCGAGGCUGGCGGAUACGGCUUCUCGCCGCUCCAACUCGCCUUCUUCACGAUGACGGCAUGGGUGGGCAUCAUUGGUGCCCAGGCCUACGGAUACAUGUUCAACGACAAGAUCCCGUUGCUGGUGGCCCGCCGCCGCCGCGGCGAGUGGCAUCCCGAGUAUCGUCUCGCCAACACCGUCCUCCCCGGCGUCCUUUUGCCCAUCGGACUGGCUAUUUACGGAGCGGGCCUGCACUUCCACCUGCACUUUAUGGUUCUCGCAGUGGCUUCGUUCCUCAUUUGGUUCGCCGCCCUUCUCAUUCUGCCCAUCUGCUACAACUACAUCAUUGAGUGCUUCCUGCGCACUCCCGUCGAGGCUUCGGUAGCGCUCAACUCCUACCGCAUCGCCUUUGGCUUGAUGUCGGUGUUUAUUGUCACGCAGUGGCAGUCGGCGGUCGGUGUCGGCUGGAUGUGGGGGAUGGGAGCACUGUUUAUCCUGUUUGUUGAUCUCCUCAUGGUUGGGGUGAUCCUGAAGGGACAUGGUGUGCGAAACCUCACCAAGUACGUGAGCAAGAGCAUUGCCAGUACGGAAGAUGGAGAAAAGGUCAUCAGUGACGAGUGA